AAACAAGCGGAUAAGUCACGUCUAUAAGAUACAAUUUACAAAGACAUCAUCGACGGACAGCUAAAGAUGCAAGCAGAAAAAACAGUUAAAAUGGUACCGCUGACGCCUGCAGAACCCAUUCCGCCUAACUGGCCAAAUGGAGAUUUUGGAUUGUUAUUAUCUGUAAAGUCUUCUUGUGGCGACGGGCUGAUGAAAAUAGGAAAACUCAUCAAUGAAGAAUAUAACAUUCGGGCGGUAGACUUCACUGGAUAUCUCUCAAAUAGCAAGUGCACACGAGUUCAUUUCCAGCAAUGUGGCGUAAGCGAUGCUGACUCCGUUACGAUGAAAGUUCGAAUGAUAGACCCACUGGAUGAGGGUGUAAGUCCAGCUGAAGAUAGACCAAACGACUAUACGUACAAACUGGUGGUCAUUGAUGGCAAACUUUGUCAGCGUGAAGGACAGUUAUUGGUGGCGGUAAAGGAUAUACCAUCGAACAAAAACUUGGAUGAAAUUAAAUGUGAGGAUUUUUUGUUCAAACUAUACAACUACUUGACUUGGCCUACGGAUGAUUCUGUCAUGAUGAGUGUUACAUCUGAACAGAAAACAUGGAUUGCCUCGGAUAACACUGGUCAAGUGAUCAUGAUGUCAUCACAACUAAAAUUUAACAAUCCUUUCUUAGAAAUGAGGAUAAUUGAUGAGGGAAGAAUUGACGAAUCAAAAUCAUCAAUUAUUCGUCAUCCAUCAUAGUUCAAAUUUGUACUUUACUGAAAUAAUAGUCAUUAUAGUCUACCGAAAAAAAAUCUGUCACACUAUUACUUUAUAAAAACAUACUUGGCAUACAAGUGGGGCAUUAUAAUUGCACAAAAAGACAUAGAAAAAUAUCUUUCAUAAUCUCAUAUUUUCGAGCAGAAUAGGUUAAUAAUACACGGCCAAUUAUUUCAAGUUAUUUAGGAUCACUAUCUGCGCCUCUAAAGCCACGCUUCCCAAAAAUGGGUCGCCAAACGUUUGCGUUCUAUAAAAAUACAUUAUAUUAUAACAUAUAUUUUAUGUAGUAUCUUCAUAAAGUAACAUUGCUGCCAUAAUAUUUAAUAAAAGUUUAUAUUUUGAAAUAUGAUUGUUGUGGGUUGUUCGCUUAUUUUCUUACUGAGCAGACAUUUAAUUGAAACAAACUUCAGUGGUUAAAUGUAGGCGACAUUCUUUGUUUUUUUCUUUCUUUAUUUUAUAAUUCUGGCCUUCGGCCCGUAUUAC